GCUAAGUAAGUGUAGGUAUGUACCGCGUCCUUGAAGCUUCAGCGUCGCGACGUAAAUUUUUGUUUGGCUCACCUUCUUUCAUACCAGCUUUUAUAGCUCCGAGCAGCAACACCAAACACGCCAACGCUAGGUAUUUUCGAUUCAAUUUACGACCCAAUAGCGCUGAUAGCCUUAUGGGGUAUCUUCGCUAGACUUAAUCUCUGUUUAUGGUGUUAUCCUGAAGUCAUUUCCAAGUAGCUGUCGAGCUUCACAUCUAUCAAUAUGGCCUUCCGAUUUGCAGGCUUAACAAACUCUUCGCCCUCUACGCCAGAAAGGGGCUCGCGAAAAGCUUCGUCUGGCUUUGGCUUCUCCGCAGACCAUCCAUCAACGACUCCCAUCGGCCCUCCUCCACCUUCAUCUACCGCAUCCUUUACCCCUGCCGGCGAGCCGUCUCCCUCAUUCUUACAGAGUUCCAUUGGAGCCAUGUCAGGCGCCUCAAGCACAUCGAGUAGGAUCAAGGCCCCAAAUUUCGGAAAGCCAAAUCCUUCCCAAUCCAAAUCGCACUCUAGAAAACGUAGCAAUGCGCCCCUAGGAAGAUCAAUUCAGGGCUCUACUUCAAGACAGCCGUCUGGCUUGAGCAGAGAAUAUCGCGGGGAGAGAGUGGAGGAGGAUGAAGAUGAUGAAGGAGAAAAGAAGCGAGGAAACAUAGGAGGCAGGACUUACGGCAUGCUACUUGACGAUUCGACUGAAGGCGAAGAUACCGAGCCUGACAAUACGGAUCCUCUAGACGAUGAUGAGGGUUCGGAAGCGGACGUUAUGGAGGAAGGUGAAGGUGAAGAUGAAUAUGAUGUAGAAGAGGACCUGCUGAGGGAAAUAGCUGGCACUGGGCCGUAUGGCGAUCUACUAUCUGAUGGUGAUGCGGACAUGAUGAUGCUCACAACAGCCGCUGCGGACGAACGUAUCAGCAAGGAAGCCGAAGACAUCUUCCGCGCUUCUUCCAUGCGCUCUAUUAACGCCCGAAAGCGGGAGUUAAAGUAUGCGGCCCUUGCGAAGGAUCUCUACAGCCAAUCUCCAUUUGCAGAUGUGUCCGAGCCGGACAACGUCAUUAUACAAACCGAAGAGCUCGUCAAUCGUCUCUAUGAUGAGGGUGUCGGUCCUGAAGACGACGAGGAGAGACUGGACGAUACCCUGGCUCAAGCCUCCGUUAGACUGGUUAAUGAGAUAUGGGCCCCCCACGUGGAAGAACUCCCCAAAAUCGACGAUGAACACGCGGCCAGGGUAGGACCGAGUCCCUACGCCCCGAAUUUCGAGAAAGCCUUCUACCUAGCUGUACUGGUACUUCAGAUUCAUCAUACACCAGCAAGGAGAGACGAUUUUGGAGAUAUUAAAAAUAUAGCCUUGCCCGCCGUUCUUUUUGACUGGCAACGCGCAGAACACAAUCUCGACCCGGAUCAAGUAAAUAACGUCCUGCAGCAUCGCCCUUCACCCGCGGCCCAUGGGCUUUUCUGGCAAGUCGUUUUUAAUGCUCUCGUGCGUGGUGACAUAGCUGGGGUAAUACAACUUCUCAGAAAGGCUGGCUGGGAAUCUCCUAAGAAAUCCCCUCGCGGCGAACCAGUCUAUGGUGGCCAGGUUUUAUUGAAUAUUAAACGUGUUGUUGAAGAUCUAUGUUUGGUCAUGGAAAUAUGCCCUGCGAUGAGCAACGAUAGUUGGGAUAUUCAUAGUAGUGACUGGACUUUGUUCCGUCUAAAAGCUAAAGCAGCUAAAGAAGCACUCAUUGGGUUCACCGAAGGCAAAGAACGGGCUCUUUCCUCGAGUCGAUUUGGCGAAUCCGACUUUGCCGAUUCUGUGGACGGACGACAAUCACUCUCGGGGCUUGCUCGAAGGGCAGAAAGCAGGAUCCCUUGGGAUAUCUAUGAAAAUCUUCAGUCCCUUUAUGCGAUUCUCAUCGGAGAACCGGACGCUAUCCUUGCGGCCGCAGAAGACUGGUGCGAGGCCACGAUCGGCUUAUUCGGUUGGUGGGAUAACAGCCACAACAAGCGGAAUCUUGGCCUGUCUCAUUCAAGGUCACUUCAAUUACCUAGCCAAUCUGAGGCGGGUGACGAUUUCCUUGAUCGUCUUGCUCUUUCCCUUCAGACUGCUACGGAGGCUGAUUUCCACUUCGAUCCCGCUGACCCUGUUGAAGUGGCAGUUGCCUCUGCGUUUGAGAGCAACGUCGAAGCGGUUAUUGGGUUCUUGAGAUUAUGGUCACUCCCAAUCGCGUCGACGGUAGCCGAAAUUGCCUCGUUGGGCCGAUGGCUCCCUCCUCAAGAGCCACAAAAUCUUAUUAACAUGCAAGAUUUUGACAUGGAAGAAUUGGAGGUUUUAGGAAUGAAUCAGAGCACGGGGCCCGACGAGAAAGAUGGGAUCAAAGAUACUACUCUAGUCCACUAUGCUCGCGGACUGAAAGAUCGCAAGUAUAUAGCGGGCACUGGUCUGCAUGGAAAGGUCUCACGGGAUGGAUGGGAAAUGGGAGUCCAGGUUGUGGGCCGAUUGGACUCUCCCGAGCGGUCUGAGCAGCUAGUACAGGAAUUGCUCCAGAGUGUUCUUAGUACCAUCGACGAGUUUUCUCGUGAGACUGUUGACAAGAUAUGGCGGCUGCUGAACGAACUUGGAAUGAUUAACUUUGCGGAAGACACGGCUGAGACUUUCGGAGAUAUAUUAGCAAAUGAUACCUUCCGCUAUGGAGAAGCUCUAUGGUAUUACUCCUUGGCUCAUCGGCCUGGUAAAGUUCGCGAUGUCCUGAAUACGCUAAUGUCUAUUUCACUGGUGGAAUCUACAACGUAUCCGCCGGAGAGUGAAUUGGACAGCACUCUAAAACAGCUGCUAAAGGAGCGCACAACAACAUUAGAGAAAUUUGCGAAGCAGGAUCUCGAAGCAGCAGAACUUCUUGGUAAGAUGCUAAGCGGGUACGCUACACUCAGGAAAUUCUACGAGCUUCGUGAUGGAGAUAAUAAAACAAACCCCAAAUCCUUAAUACGUCGCCAACAAGCCGCCGCUGCACUGGUAGCUGUCAUUGCUAGCGCUGAUGACAAUAUUCGAGGAGGUUUGUACGAUGACUCGCGCGACGCGGUUGUCAGCGAAGAUUUCUUGCUAGCACUGCUCGGAGAAGCAUCCAUCUUCGUAGGCCAAUCACCACCUGUGAUUACUCUCGAUCAAAUCGAUACACUUCUUAAGGCGAUCGAAGAUAUUCAAACCGUUGGGUCCCGGGUCUACGAUGCUUCCGAUGAGUUUUUUAAACUAGUCCUCACAUCGGGACACGGAAAAGGGUCUACGCCGGCAGAUCUUCUCAAGCAGUCUACUUCUUCCUUGGGUGGCAGUUUUAUGAUGACUGGCAGUUCGAUGAUAGCAUCCCAGCUCCACCAGUCUGUAAUGAAAAGCGGUGUCAUUAAGGGCCCUAUCAAGCGGGCAUGGGAUUGGAGAACAGGGGUGUACUCGGCUAGCAGCUCUGGAGAUGUACUUAAACAGAUCAGACUGGGUUUAACAAGAGACCUAGCAAACCUGUGGUUAGAACAGGCGGAUAGUGUCAUCUUGUAAUGGCUGAAUGGUUCGUAGGAUGAUUUGGUCGCAAUAGGAAUCGUCAUAAUUGGCUCAUAAUUGGCAAGGCAUGUUGGUUGGUGCUCGGCGGCGUUGGGAGAACAUGGUGAUUAACGAAUAGGGUAGCACCGUCCCCGAAGAAAUGGCCAAUGAAAAAGUUAAUCUGCCUUGUUAGCAGAAAAUAUGAAUAUGAAUAAUGG